ACGAAAGGAUUAGGUUAGAUUAAAGGACACCAAAACGUCACGCAUCUCUCGUCCCUCCCAGCCUCCCUUUAUUUUAUUUUUUUCUCUAAUAUUCUUUAUUUUCUGGAGUUCUGAAUUAUACACUCGUUGAAUAUUUUUCUCCACCCAAAUAAAAAUUGUAAAUCGUUGCAGAUCUUCUUGUCCUGGUCAAAUCCCUCAAGUCUUGAGUCAACGCAGAAGCUCACAACUUUCCGAGGAGUUCUACACCUGUAUCAAAUUCUUCGUGGUCGCCCCUGUUAACAAAACUCCAUAUUGAUGUAUUAUUAUGUCUGCUGUUUUCUCCCACGGCCAAUGUUAGAAAUGUCGUUCCUCUUCCUUCUCUACACUUAAUCUACAUUAGAUUGACACUUAGAACUCCAAACUACAGCAGCCUCAGUAGCUUCCCUGUUAGGACAUUUGGGUUUAUAGCUGCAAACAGUUGUGCAAAUCUUUUUUCUAUGUUGGCUUCUCAGCAUGAAAAUUGGGGAGAAUCAAAUAUGCCAGAUAGAAGCCCUAGGACUGACACCUCAACGGAUGUGGAUCCUGAAGAUAAAAAUCAAAGGUUUGACAGAGAUCAAUCUGGCGCUGUUGUAAUGUUUUCUGAUUCCAGCGAUAGAUCAAAAGAAAAAUCUUUGGACCAAAAGACUCUUCGGAGACUUGCUCAAAAUCGUGAAGCUGCCAGAAAAAGCCGAUUGAGGAAAAAAGCUUAUGUACAACAGCUGGAGAGUAGCCGGCUAAAGUUGACACAGCUUGAACAAGAGGUCCAACAAGCACGGCCACAGGGUGGUUCGACCUCUACUGCUGGAGAUCAAUCCCAUGCAACAGGGGCCCUGGCAUUUGAUGUGGAAUAUGCACGAUGGUUGGAAGAACAAAACAGGCAAAUAAAUGAGCUGAGGGCUGCUGUAAGUUCACAUGCAAGCGACACUGAACUUCAAACGGUUGUCGGCAAUGUGACUGCACAUUUUGAUGAGGUAUUUAAGCUUAAAGGUGCUGCAGCAAAAGCUGAUGUCUUCCAUAUUUUAUCGGGAAUGUGGAAAACACCUGCAGAGCGCUGUUUUAUGUGGAUUGGUGGUUUUCGUUCAUCUGAAAUCUUAAAGUUACUUACAAACCAGUUGGAGCCCCUAACUGAGCAACAGCUGGCAGGCAUAUAUAACUUGCAGCAAUCAUCACAGCAGGCCGAAGAUGCUCUUUCACAAGGAAUGGAGGCAUUGCAGCAAUCACUGUCUGAGACUUUAGCCAAUGGCUCCUCAAGCACAUCAGGAUCCUCUGGGAAUGUUGCAAACUAUAUGGGCCAAAUGGCAAUGGCCAUGGGAAAGUUGGGGACUCUUGAAAGUUUUCUACGCCAGGCUGAUAACUUGCGGCAACAAACUUUACAACAAAUGCACCGCAUCCUGACAACAAGACAAUCAGCUCGAGCCUUGCUAGCAAUACAUGACUAUUUUUCUCGGCUUCGAGCCCUAAGUUCGCUCUGGGUUGCAAGGCCACGCGAAUAAGGUUUAAGGUCUACAAGGCACCUUGAAAGUUAACCCGGGGGAAAAGCUAAAAAAGAGAAUUGAAGCCCAGGGGAUGUGGAAAAAUACUACCACAGACCUUGGUAUUCGUUUCGAAUCGGUGAAAUAUUUGCUGAAUCUAAAAAGUUGAGGCAGUAAUGUCCCAAUAGUAGUAGAUUGCUCAGAAAAGCAUAGUGACCAAAGUUCAGUGACUGUUGUAUUGCUAAAAAUUUAACCAGUUUAUUCAUAAAUUAAGAAAAUAAUGUUGUAUGAAAUAGGCUUGAGAAUUGAGAAUAUGGUGUAAAAUUUGUUUUAUAUAUCUGAUCUACCAAUUUGUUUAUGAAA